AUGGUGGUGGUCGGAGACGUGAUUGUGAGCAAGAUCAUCAAGAAGUUGGUGGAGAUCGGGUUCGAGUAUGCAGCAGACCGGUAUUUUGCUCGGGAUACUCGGAUGAAAGAUGAGCUUGAAAGGCUCAAUGAUGCUCUUCCUCGUAUCCUAGCUGUCGUGGAGAAGGCUGAGAGCGGGCAGCAAGAAGUUACUGGAGCACUCAAGAAAUGGCUGUGGCAACUAAAAGAUGCUGUUUACGAGGCUGACAACGUACUUGAUGAGCUUGAUUACCUUAAGCUACAGAAACAAGUUAAGGAGAAAGCCUCAGGCAGCAAAGAACAUGGUCAUAGUGGCUGGGGUAAAAUGCGUGGUUUUCUCUCCGGCUCUAAACGGAAAGUUAAAAAAGCUAGUAAAAGAGUCUUCAAAUCUGAUCCCAUCCUUGAGAAAAUGAGGGGGGCUGUGAAAAGGCUAGAUGAAGUCGCAGCGGGCGUGGGAAAUUUCAUCUCUACGCUACAACUGCAUCAACAACAUCAUAGUCAGAGCCCGGUUCCUACUCGUAAAACUGGACCAGCUCUAACUGAGAGAAAACUGUGUGGACGAGAUAAAGAGAGGGAGGAACUGUUAGAGUGGUUGAGAAAGGAUGACAGCAAUACAAGUGUAUCUCUUUUCUCCAUUAUUGGCCAUGGCGGAGUGGGCAAGACCACCCUCACACAACACGUCUAUAAUGACGAUAGCUUAACUAAUUCCUUCGAUUGCAAAAUCUGGGUGUGUAUCUCCACUCCCUUUGUUGUCGAAAAGGUCAUGGCAGAUAUGAUAGAAUACGCCUCAGAAAAUAAAUUGUUUGCUCCUUUGACGAGUGGCCAAAAAGGAAGCAAAAUCUUGUUAACUACUAGAAGUGUGCCUGUUGCAAAAAUGGCUACUUCGGCUUUGGGGGGAUCAAUAAAUAAGCCAAUGAUAUUGAAACCUUUAGAUGAUGACAACUUCUUAUCACUUUUCAACCAAUAUGCAUUUGCUGGUGUAGACUCUUGUGAUUAUAGGAAGUUGGAAUCCAUUGGCGAGAAAAUAGCAAGAAGGCUUGGGGGCUUACCAUUGGCUGCAAAGACGAUUGGAGCGCUAUUGAAUUCUAAGUUGGAUGAUAGUCAUUGGAACAGAAUUUUGCAAGCAGACAAUAUAUCCGAUCAAGCACAGCAGAGGGAUGGUGUGAAUGCAGUUUUGAUGUUAAGCUACCACCAUUUACCAAUGCACUUAAGACCCUGUUUUUCUUAUUGCAGCAUCUUUCCUCAAGGUUAUAGGUUCGAGAAAGAUGAUCUAGUCUUCAUGUGGAUGGCUCUUGGCCUCAUUCAAAAAUCUUCCCAAUAUCCAAACGAGACACUGGAGGACACUGGAAGGGGCUACUUUGAUGAUUUAGUGAAACUAUCAUUUCUCGAACAAGGUUACUUCGCAGAUGGAACCUACAACAUGCAUGAUCUUUUGCAUGAAGUGGCACGUAAAGUGUCUCAUGGUGAUUGCUUUAGAUUUGUUGGAGACAUGUCAAUUGACCAGAUCCCGAAUACGGUACGUCAUCUGCAUUUUGAAACCAACAAACUUGACCUUCUUAAAGAUGUGGGCAAACGGAAGAAUCUCCGCACGCUUGUGUUAGCCUUCAGAGGAUAUGUUAAUGAGCAUGCUAAGGCUUUUGAAGAAGCGUUUAAGUCACUGGAAAGCAUUCGGGUGCUGCGCCUAAAUGUUGACGACAUGAACGUAUUGCCAGAUGCGUUUAAGUCACUGGAAAGCAUUCGGGUGCUGCGCCUAAAUGUUGACGACAUGAACGUAUUGCCAGAUACAAUUGGUAACAUGAGGCAUAUUAGAUAUUUGUCGAUUCGUCAUGUUAUUUUUCAAUUACCUAGUUCGUUCUGUAGGCUUUACCACCUUCAGGUCCUUGACUUUAGAUUUUUUGAAGCUGUGAGUGUUCUUGGCUUGAAUAAUCUCAUUAGUUUGAGACACCUGAUACCAUGUGAAGUUUACUAUGAAAAAAUCGAGGGGUUAGGGACGUUGACUUCACUUCAACGUUUUUCGUUCACUGCUGAAGUUUAUAAAUUGAGCGAAUUGAAGGAGAUGGAAGAUUUGCGGGAACUGAAGAUCCGUGGCCUUGAGAAUCACAAACAUCACGAGGAAGUCGGUACGAUCGAGUUGCAUCGUAAAAGGAACCUCCUCAAGUUAGAGCUGGUUUGGUCUGAUGAUAGGGGUGCGUCGGAUGAGUAUGAACUGAUGCUUGAUCGCCUGCAGCCACCUGAUAGCCUCAGGGGACUAACAAUCGAGGGAUACCAAGGCGCCAGGGCUCCAUGUUGGAUGGAACCGGACCUAUUAAUAAAUCUGGAGUACAUGAGCCUUGAAUGUGGCAGGGCAUGGAAGCACCUUCCUUCUCUCGGGAAGCUCCCGUACCUCAUGGAUCUGAGAUUGUGGGGACUGCCAGCUCUUCAGCAAAUCAAUUGUGAAGGUGGCUUUCAACAACUGAAGUAUUUAGAUAUCUCUCACUGUGAGCAAUGGGAGGAGUGGUGUGGAUUAGAGGCAGAGGCGGCACCCUGGUGUCCUCUGCUCAAGGAACUUGUCAUCGAGUACUGUCCCAGACUGAAGGCGCUGCCCCCUCUGCCCCUCGGUCUCCAAAAAUUGGUGCUGGAAGGCGUGGGGUUGUCUAGACUGAAGGCGCUGCCCCCUCUGCCCCUCGGUCUCCAAAAAUUGGUGCUGGAAGGCGUGGGGUUGUCUGACUCCCCAACGCUCUGGGUGGGCAGCAACCGCGGUGGUAGCUCUUCGUCCGCGUGCUCUCCCUCCCUCUCUGAAUUGAGAAUUAGAAGGUGCGGGAAGCUGACAUCCGUGACUGGCUUGUUCCGACAUCAUCUCACGUCUCUCAGGGAGUUGUGGGUUGAGGAUUGCCCUGAGCUGAGGAUGUCUCCAAACACAGUUACCCCGGUUGAUUGUUUCGCUCUCUCAUCACUCGAAUCCCUUUGGCUUGGUUACUGUGGUGGAUCGGACGGUCUCUCUCCUGCGUUAUUAACGCAAAGUUCCCUUGCUUCUCUUUCAUUCCUUGGAUUAGAAGGAGCUAACCACAUAACCGCCUUUCCCUCCGAAGGGGAGUUUACUUCGCUGAGGGAGUUGCACCUGGCAGGGUGUGGUGAGCUGGCAUCAAUUGAGCGUCUAAAGGCUCUUCCCCACCUUAAAGAGCUAACCAUUAGGGAGUGCCCCAAGCUUGUGCAAGCAGCUGCAGCGGCAACUCCAGCAUCAAUAAUCAAGCGGGAAGAGGAGCAGGGGUUCACAUCGACUGUUGAAGAACUUGAAAUCGAUGACCCGUUCCUGCUCCACGUAGAGCCAUUGAGAAAACUCACGUCUGUCAGGCGGCUAGAAAUAGGAGAUGGUAGUCAUCUGGAGGCUGCUCUCGCGGAGCCAUGGCUGUUGCAGAAUUCAACUUCACUGCGAAGUCUCCAUCUGUGGCGUAAAGCAAAGAUCUUGCCUUCUAGCCUCCAAACUCUCUCUUCCCUCGAGUACUUGACACUUGGUGAAGCUUGUGAUCUCCAAUCGCUGCCACAACUACCUCUUUCUCUGCGAACGCUGAUGAUCGGGGGCUGCAACGAGACGCUGAAGGAGCGAUGCCGGGAGAAUGAAGGUGCUGACUGGCCCAACAUCCGACACAUCCCUGACAUCGAUAUUGAUUAG